AUGACAGCUACCGGACUAAAACAGCUAUCCAAUGCUCUCGCCACUCCGGAUCAACUUUCAAAUUCUUCCUCGUCGAUCGAUGGCGUGCCCUCUGAUCUUGAAACGUCGAUCCGUGUCGCUGGGGCCCAGCUGACCCAGACUGCUGGCGUUUUACUGGGUCUAUCGCAGGAUAAUAUCAGCCAAGCUAUUGUUAUUUUUACUCGAUUUUGGUUGGGAGCAGAUGGAGGAAGCUUACGAAUCUACUCGACCAAGGAUGUUUCAGCUGCCGCACUUUACAUGACAGCCAAACUCUCGUUUCAACCCACAUCCCCACGUUCGGUACUUAAUGUAUAUACUCUUCUAUGCUCCUCAGAUACUUCGCCAUUAUGGUUUGUGAACCCGAAAGGAGCCCCCGACGAGGCUCCAGCUAUGGAGAGCUAUCUUCUCACUGAGGGGGAAUACCAAUUCGCGCGACUUACCCUCUUACGCAUCGAGUCCGUCAUCCUACGAAUCCUCGGUUUCGAUACACAUGUCGCACUUCCUCACACUAUCGCUCUUACAUAUCUACAAACCCUCGGUGCGACAAGACCGGCUGUUGCCCGCCGUGUAGUGGAACAUCUUAAUGCGGCACUUCUGUCACCUCAGCUACUUUACGUAACACAUCAACCAAAUGCGCUCGCCGUGGCAGCGAUAUACCUUGCAGCACGCGAAGAAGGGAUAAAGCUGGUGGAUGGUAACUGGUGGGAAGUCUUUGAUGUGGAUCGAGAAGAGCUUGGAUUCCUGGUCGUGGGCAUGAGAAGUCUCGAGGGCUUUAUGCGGAGGGAGAUGGAGCAGUGGAAAAACAAGACCAUCCCUCUGGUAGUCGACGACCUCGAUUCUGAAAUCGAGCGACGCCGUAUGAUGGUUGAAGGCGAAUGA